UCACAAUUAAUCAGAGAUYUACGUUUUCGAAUGAAGUCRUGCUUGCUCCGAAACUAGUGAAUUAUACAAAAAGCAGAGGAAGUGCGAAAAUGAUUUAUAAAAUAUUUUUGUUAUUGAUCUUAUGUUGGAACUACGAUAAAUUUACUGCUAAUGCAAGCAGUGAUUGUACACCGCGACGGACCAAGUUCGGCUUAGUGUGUGUUUGCACAUCGGAGCACUGCGAUUAUUUGGAGAAUCCCCAGCCCAGCUCAAACGAGCUUGUAGUAAUUUCUUCAAGCAAGGAAGGCCUACGCUUCGCUGUAAGCACGUUAAACUUUGGCGAAAUCAAUACAAAAACAAUUACAGAGACAAGUUUAAAUGAAAGCAACUUCGAUUUCGAAAAUUCAGCGGUGAUCGUCGAUAGUCGACAAACUUUUGCACAGAUUUUGGUCGAUACGAGCGAACAUUUACAGCGAACAAUCCGCUUAAACUACGAGUGAAUCGCUCGGUGGAAUAUCAAAAAAUUACAGGCUUUG